ACGAUAUAAGUAAUCAGCGUAUAAAACACAUAACAUUACUGACUUUUAAAGAAAUAGGGGGUGAUUAUUUUUCCGAACUUCAUCCACAAAUGCGAACGGAUUAUUUCCUUUUUUAUUCAUGAAACUUCUUUUUUUCUCACAGAAAUAUGAAAGAUAUAACGGUUCAAACAAAUGAACAAACCGAAAUUAUGAACGCGUUGCUGCAGCUGCAGCAACAGCUGCAGCACAUGCAGACGCAGCAACAGGAGAGGGACCGCGAGGUGGCGUUGCUGCAGCAACAGCUGCAGCAACAGCAAAUGCAGCAGCAACAACCGCCGCAGCAACAACCGCCGCAGCAAGAAACGCCACACCACCGCAGCGAACAACCACCUCAACAAACUGAGGCCGAUGUGAAGCCGCAGCGAAAAAGAGGAACGGCUGCUGGGAAGAAACGCCGUGCCUACCGCGGCAGAUGGCCGCGGGGCGGGAGGGGUGGCGGUAGGGGUGGCGGUAUGGGUGGCGCUAUGGGUGGCGGUAUGGGCGGCGGUAGGGGCGCCCCCAAUAAAUACUAUUUUACCUUAUUUUAA